UGAUCCACCCCACGUCCAGUUUUUUGCUCUCAAAUUCAAUCCAAAAAUGGCCGUCGAUUGUAACGAAGACCAACACCUCCAAUCGGCAUGGCUAACCACAAUCGCAGAGGAGCUUCAGAAAGCACAGCUAGACAACGAUGUGAUUUUCGCCAGAAAACCAUGCAUUUACAAAGUCCCAAGGUACUUACGUGAUGCCGACAAGAAAUCCUACACCCCAAGCGUAGUUUCCAUCGGGCCAUACCACUUCCAAAACCGCCAUCUCCACCCAAUGGAACGCCAUAAAUGGCGUGCCUUUUACCAAACCUUAAAUCGCCAUAACCAUGACUUCAAGCUCUAUCUUGACGCCAUCAAAGACCUUGAGGCAAAAGCACGUGGCUCCUACGAGGGUGAGAUCAAUCUCAACAGCAACGAGUUCGUUAAAAUGAUGGUUCUUGAUGGUUGCUUCAUCCUCGAGCUAUUUAGAGGUGUGAAAGAUGGAUUUGAUACGCUGGGCUACUCAGAAGGCGAUCCCGUUUUCUCAAUUUGUGGCUCGCUGGAUUUUAUUCGCAGAGAUAUGAUUAAGCUCGAGAACCAGAUUCCUCUAUUCAUACUUGAUGCAUUCAUAGCCAUUCAGAGCCCCGGUUACGACACACACUAUUUAGCCAAGAUGGCUAUCUCAUUCUUCGCACCAUUGAUCCCAACCGAUGAACCGGUGGACAAAGGUGCGGACUUUACCCACUUGGAUCCACAAUCCCAUCACUGUCUCCACCUUUUCAGAGACAAUCUGGUCAGCAAAGGGUUGAUCGUAACAAAACCAGCCAAAAAGUUAUGGAAGAGAAGAUUGAGUACUAACGUUGUGGGAAAGCCAACCACACAAGUAACAUAUUGUGUAUCGCAACUAAGAGAAGGUGGGGUAAGGUUUAGAAAAGGCGAGACUGAUAAGUUUUGGGAUAUAAAGUACAAGAACUCUAUUCUUGAGAUACCUCGGAUCUUGAUUCACGAUGGGACUAAAUCCAUUUUUCGAAACCUUGUAGCUUUUGAGGAGUGUCAUCCAAAAUGCAGCAACGAGAUCACAGCUUACUUGGUCUUCAUGAACAACUUGAUAGACUCUGCUGAGGACGUGACCUUUCUGCGUUACAAAGGGAUAAUUGAGCAUUGGCUUGGGAACGAUAAUGAUGUUGCUGAUCUCUUCAAUGGGCUAUGUCAAGAGAUCGUAGCGGACCUUAACUGCAGUUAUCUUUCAGGGUUGACUAAUGAGAUAAAUAAGUGUCGUGACAACCGGUGGAGUACAUGGAAAGCGGACUUCAGGCACAAAUAUUUUCGAAAUCCGUGGGCUUUGAUCUCCGCGAUUGCUGCUGUGGUGUUGUUGCUGAUUACGGUUCUACAGGCAUUUUAUGGCCUUCUUUCGUAUUACAAACCGACUUCUUGAGUUGUAGAAGAGGUAUUAAAAUGUAGUACUUAUUAUUCAAUGUUAACUUUGGAAUAAGGAGGAUUUAACUAAUUAAUUUGUAUUAUAAGUUGUAAUUUUCAAGUGCAAUGUUAUGUUUGUAAAUAUUUAAGUAGGGAGUGGACUUGGAUGGCUGCAAGCAUUAAUGACACGAUGUGCAGCCGGGCUCAAAGUUAGACUACUAGGUGUGGACAAGAUAUUAUCAUAUGUUACCAUACCCAAAAGGUGUCAUGUCACCUAUUCAUAUAUGGUGUUAUAACACCCAAGGUGGAAAUGGACAACAUCUAAUAACAUGUGAUAACAUCAAUUAUUUUCUAUUUUAUUUUUUAUUUUUUUUGAUGUUUUUUUUCUAUAUUUCAAAUUUGUUUUUUUUAUUUAACGCGUUAUAUUUGAAACGUAAAAAUAAAAUUUUAAUAAAUCUUAAAUUAAAAACAACAUAAAAAAAUUACAACAAAACACAAACACAUUUAAAAACCUAAAAAAAACAAAAAAACAAAAAAAAAAUGAUAAAACCUACAUUUUUUGCCCUAAAACUAUUCAUCUUCA